AUGGGUGAUAUUGGAAGAUUACGUCAGAAUGUAAACGUCAAUAAGAACGCGUAUGGUGGAAAGAUCAAUGUUGUAUAUACAGACAGUUUGGACUAUGAAAAUGUAAGUUUUCAAACAAAAAAUAGCAAGAACAUUCUUUACAAAACAAAAAAUUGCAAGAACUUUCUUUACAAAACAAAAAAUGGCAAAAACUUUCUUUACAAAACCGAAAAGAUAAAAAAACAUAUCACUCCAGGACCAAAAGCCUCAAAAAUCCUCAUUCUUCACCUCUUCAAGUAGCAAAGUCAUAACAGAACAACCACUCAAUCGAUAUUGUGAUCAAAUCGACAGUCCAUUCAGUAGUUCUUGGUUUAAAAAUGACAGUAAACCUGCAAAUUCAAAGCCGAAGAAAUCAGAUAAACAAAAAGAAUUUGAAGAAAAAGCCCUGGCUAAUGAAAAACCUGAUCUGAGUCAUGAACAAGGUUACUUUUGUUGUACAUAA